GGCUUGCCGAAGCCAGUGGUCGAAGCAGUUCAAGUUAUGUUGACGCGCUUCGCUCUGCGUCCUGCUGGCCGUACGGCUCUGCGUAGCUCUUUUUGUCGCGGCUUAGCUGCUUCGUCUGGUACUGAUGAUGGACGUCGCUGGGCGGACCUGUUUUCCACUGCCGCACCCGCCAAGUUGGUCAAGCGCAAGGUGGCCAUUGUUACCGGCUACAUGGGCACGGGCUAUCACGGACUGCAGCUGAACGAUAACGUCAAGACCAUUGAAGACGAUAUCCGCAACGCCAUCUUUCAGGCUGGUGCCAUGCGUGAGUCCAACUUUGAGGACUUGGGCAAGAUUGACUGGGCACGGAGCAGCCGCACAGACAAGGGCGUGCACGCUGGCUGCAUCGUGUUCUCUGGCAAGCUACUGAUUGACGAGGAGAACAAAGUGGACCCAAUUUCGGGUCGUGUCCACGAACUUAAGGAGGCGUUGAACGCUUCUCUUCCUGAAAACAUCCGCGUGUUCUCCUGCACGAGAGUGAGCAAGCGAUUUUCUGCGCGCAAGAAUUGCGUUCUGCGAGAGUAUGAGUACUUCAUGCCGCUUUCGUUCCUGAGAGGCAGCCUCAUCGGAUCCGACGGAGAAGACUUUGACACGGACGAGGCUGUUGCCGAGUUCUGUCGCGCACUGCGUCGCUACGAAGGAGUGCACGACUUCCACAACUUUACCCGCUCGAGAUCGUAUUUCUACAAGGUGCAGGCGAAGAAGAAACACUAUAAAGCCCAUUACCGAAGGAGCGUGGCCGAGAGCGACGACGCAGGCGUAGAGGAUAAUGACGAGGACGCUGAAGAGGAAUCCGGCAUCGACGACUACUCGGAGGAGUCGAGCCAGUUUGAAGAUGAAGAGGAAUUGACCCGCAAGCUGCUGCCUCGUCACCGCCGAUCCAUUUACUCGUGCUCGGGUUCUCUCGUCCCGGAUUUCUGUGGCGAGCCACACUUGCGUAUCCACAUCGUCGGCCAGGCUUUCUUGCUGAACCAGAUUCGCUGCAUGGUCGGUGGCGCUCUGGCUGUGGCGACCAAGGGAAUGUCCCGAGUUGAGUUCGACGCUGCUUUGUUGACGAACCGUAUUGUGCGAGUUCCGAUUGCUCCGGCCGAGGGCCUUGUUCUUCUCAGCAGCUCGUUUGGAGGAAAGAGCCACACGGUCUCGCUGUAUGAGGACCCGAACACGGUUCUCGCGAAAGAGCGCAAGGACGUGGUGCAUCGGGUUCUAUUGAAUCGUAAGGAGGAUGAGGAGAUGACAAAGUUCCGCGACGAGGUGAUCUACAAGGAGAUCGCGAGCAGCUGGGAUAUGGACGAGAAGAUGGACCGAUGGCGCGCCUACCUCGAGCGCUGCUACGAGUCCAACGGCCGUCUCGACGAGGACGAGCUGUCUGCCGUGUUGUUCGAGCUGGACCAAGCCAAACUCGCAACCAAGAACAAGAACCAGGCGUUCGUCGAGCAGAACCGAUCUGGACUAACUGAGUACGGACGCAAGGGCGCCCUGCUGCCGAAGCAGUUCACCACGAAGAUGUGUGUUCGGUACGGUGUGGCCCCCGGUAUCUUCACGUCGGACUUGCGCCGUGGCAUAAUACUGUUCGGCAACUUCGGCGGAGACGGUAACCCCUUUGGAGUGCAGUUCAACUUUGGCGACUUCCCGCAACGCUUCGACGAGCACUAUCGAGUGUAUCCUGUGUCAUUCUGCGACAAGGCGCACCUGGAGGAUGGCGAUAAGAUUUUGCUGCCCCCUUCAGCACUUGAGACACUGGCUCGUCUGCACAUUGAAUACCCAAUGCUGUUCAAAGUAACCAACGAGGGAGUGGAGCGCUCGUCGCACUGUGGUGUGCUUGAGUUCAGUGCCCCCGAGGGGAGUUGCUACAUGCCAUACUGGAUGAUGCAAAACCUGUUCGUGAAAGAGGGCGGGAUCCUCAAUAUCCAGAACGUGUCGCUGCCGAAGGCGACAUUCGUGAAGCUACGCCCACAGUCGCAGGAUUUCUUAGAUAUCUCCAACCCGCGCGCAGUUUUGGAGGGUUCUCUUCGCAAGUUUUCGUGCAUGACAGUGGGCGACACAAUUUGCCUUAAAUACAACAACAAGAACUACAUGUUGGACGUGCGCGAGGUAAAGCCUGCACCUGCUGCCUGCAUUAUUGAGACGGAUUGUGAGGUAGAUUUCGAGCCUCCAGCUGACUACGUCCCUCCGGUACCCCCAUCUGCUGCAUCGAUACCACCCGCGGCGCCGUCAGAUAUUCCUUAUGGAGGUGUUCCAACGAUGAAAGCGGAAGACGUAAAGCCAGCACGGCUUGGUGGCGCUGGAUUUGGCAGUGGAUUGCGGCUUAAGAAGAGUGGCGAGAAGAGCUCUACAGAUGCUGCUGCACUGCGUGCUGCUCGCUUACGCAAAUACGAAGCGUUCCAUGGUACUGGUCACUCGCUGAGCGGCAAGUCAUCCACAUUCAGUGGCGCUACAGCCCGAGGAACUAGUUUGGGAGGCAGCAGCAACGGAGGAUAUUCUCUCAAUGGGAUAAGUAAUGGCUCUAGCUCCAGCACCAGCAACGGCAGCUUGACCACGGCUUCCAAAGCUAAGCCAUCGAUGGGCCAACGCCUUAAUGGUGAAAAGGUGGGCGCAGCCGACGAUGAGGAGAUGAAGGAUGAAGAGAUGAAGGAGAGCGGCGAAGAGCAUAAGGGUGUCGUUCCGUUCCAAGGCGAAGGCCGGCGGCUGAGAUAAAUGUAGUACGAACUGAGAGGCGCGCAGCAAAAUUAUUAGCGACGAAGGCUUCUAGCUAUUGAGCCACUCAGCUCCCAAACAAAAGUAGCCCGUCGCUAAUGAGAGGAUGUCGAUGAAAUAGGACACAGUUUUUCAAGAUGUAUCAA